AUGGUCGUCGACGAGCCUCUCUCGGACAAGAUGAUCACCGAACUGCCCCUCUCUGAGGCCCUUCGCUUGGUCGUCAGAUUGCGCCACCGACAUGAUCUAUUCACGCAGGACGCCAGGAUCAACCCCAUUCUCUACUCGAAUCGCCAGCUCGCGUCGCUCGAGGAGGCUGCUCCUCCACCUCCGGAGAAGCCCGUGGUUGAGGCCGUGGUGGAAAAGGGACAGAAGCAGGCGAUCGAGGGUCAUUACGAACGACCGAAACACUCUCUGCGCAAGCGGUUCGCUCAGCAUCAGGUGCAGCUCGCGGAGAAGGUGGCGCGUCUGAAGAAGGAGUACCUCGCCUUGCACGAGAAGUGGCUCGUUCACUGCAGCAAGAUGGACGAGGUCGCUCGCGCCGGCGCCCUCGAGGAGGCCGCUUCGGCGGCGUGCCGCACGACGAGACGCACGACCGCGAUGGGCGACGCAGUCCGGUCCGACCUGGAGAUGGAGCAGAUCUUGGCCAGUCUCGGGAACGAGGAGCUCACCGACGCCAACCACCUCUCGGCUAAGAACGCUGCGGUCAUCCCCGACAUGGUGUCUGUCACGAAGGGCAACGCCGAGUAUAUCUACGACGACACGAACCACCUUGUUGAGGACCCGCACGAGUUCUACAAGCUGGAGACCGGUAUGGACGACUGGACGGAGGAAGAGAAGGUGAAGCUGAUCGAGGUCUACGCGAAGCAUCCGAAGCAGUUCGGCAUCAUCGCCGAGCACCUCCCGAACAAGACGCCAGCACAAUGUGUCUCGUUUUACUACCUGCACAAGAACUGGGCGAUCGACUUCCGCAAGGCGGUCACGCAGUACAACUACGCGGGUCGCCGGCGCCGCAGCGGGCGCAAGCAGAAAGGCAAUGCCCUCCUCGCGGACAUCCUCAAACACGACGAUGAAGUCCAGAAGGAAGGUGCGACGAGCUCGUCUGGCCGCAGGAAACGCGGAGCUGCCACGCCUGUUCCGAACGGCGACGUAGCAGAUGUCAAGAAGGCCAGUGCGUCAGUGUCGAAGCGGGGAACUGCUCAGAACACACCCGCUGCCACGCCUACUCCUGAUCCCGAGCCUGUCCAAAAACGCCCUCGCCGUCGUGCCAAUCUUAGUGCUCGCGCGGCAGCGGCGUCACAGGAGCAGGGUGAGGAGGAUGCAGAUGAGGACGUUCGGCCCGCCAAGCGCACGCGUAAAGGGGGCCGCAAGAGCAAGGCUGAUGCAGACGUCGUCGAGUCGAUGCUCGCCGUCGAAGACGUGUCGCCUACGCCUGCUGAUGGGAAAGCUGGCAAGAAAGAAGAUGCUGAUACACCUGAUAAGCCCGCGGAGACCACAACGCGCAAGAAACAGCCUGGUAGCAAUUCCACGUGGUCCGAUGAAGACCAAGCCCUUUUCCUGAAGCUGCUCGCACAGCACGGUGAUGACUUUAAACGAAUUGCUGCAGCGAUGCCUAACAAGACGACGAUCCAGGUGUCCGCGUUCUACCGGUCGAACCUCACCGAAAUGCAGCUGGCCAAGGUGGCGGCCCAGGCCCCCAAGCGUUCUCCCUCGCCCGCGACCGCGGCGAAGGAGAAGCGUGCGGCCGAACGGGCGGCGGCGGCGGCAGCCCGGACCUCUGGGCGUAUGUCUCCCCCUCCCGCUCCCGUCGUCGACGCGACUCAAGGGUUCGAGACUGUACAGAGGCGCCAUCCGCCUGAGCUCCGCACGCCGCUCGCCGUCCCGUACCACACUCCCUACGGAUCGACGGCCAGUAUGAACAUGGGACUUGGCAUGGGUAUGGGAAUGGGCAUGGGCAUGGGUGUCGGCCUUGGCCUCGGCGUGGGGAUGGGCGGGAUGGGUGCCAUGGGCGGCGCCCGCCCGCCACCGACGCUCGGGAUGUCCUUCCCCGCCGCGAUGGCGUACUCGAACCUCGCGCCGUCCAGCUUCGUCACCGGGAGCAGUACCGCGCGCAGGCCGCCCACCACUACGCCGGGCGAGAUGAGCGAGUUCGCGCCGCAGACGUGGGGCGUCAUGCCCACCCGGCCGAGCCCACCCAUGCCGACCGCGACCGUGGCGUCCACCUCGGCUCCGAGCACGCCGGCGCCCCCCGCGCCAGGGACCAUCCCGGCGACGCUGCAGACCGCGGAGGAUCUGGCGCGGUACCUCGAGCUCCGGACGCGGCUUGCCGCCGCGCAGCCCAAGGACUCGGACUUCAUGUAG